AUUUUUCUUCUUUGUAAACAACAAGCAUGAAGGCCAGUUUAGCUUUCAUAAUAAUCAGUUACUUGAGUGUGACUAAUGCAUUGAACAUUCUUAUAUCAUCCAAGGAUUCAUGGGUAUCCAAGAAUACUAGAUACUUGUAUCAGUCGUUGAAAGAACAGAACCAUUCGGUGAUUUUGAGUGCUCCAUUAUACCAUGAUCCAAACUCCCAUCAAGAAACCAAUAGUCCAGGUAAGAGAAGCGGAGCAACUUCCACCAAAGACGGAGGAGAUUUUGGCCAUUUAUUACCAGUACACCAAACGUAUUAUAAAAACAAUCAAAAAGUGAGUUCGUUACCUAAGAGAGCCAAAAAUAUCAUUGGUAAAAAAGACGAGGAAGAGUUUGAAGCUGGAAUUGCAUCUACCAUAUCAACUUCUUCUUAUGGACAAGAUCCAUUAGACCACGAUAUUUGGUAUGUCAAUGCAUCUCCUCUUAAUACGUUAUUGAUCACUUAUGAUGUGCUUUUACCAACUUACUAUCCUGAUUUUGUUCCUGAUUUGGUGAUUUUGGGGCCUAAUGAAGGAUUAUCAUUAACCGAUUAUAAUCACCCCUCGGAUAUAUUUGUGGAUUUGGAAGACCAUUCGUAUGAAGACGCGUUGGAAUCAAUGAUCAAAUUGACCCAAUUGAAGGACUUCCCGGUGAUGGCGGUUUCCACUGAAGAUAACCAUCACAUCUACUAUCAAGAUGAACAUUUCUUCAAGAUCCAAAAACCAACUUUAACCGAAAGCUUGAAAAAGAAAAAUGCUUUUGCUAAAAAUAUCUUGUUUAUCAACGAGCAAAUUUCCCAAUUGAUUGAUUUACUCUUCUCUAAAACAAGCAUUUCCAAAAACCAGAUUAGUCUCAAUAUUAAUUUCCCUUCAAUGAAUCAUGAUCAAUCCAAUUGUUUUACUUCAGUUUCUAAAAAAUCUUCUAAAAAUCCAAAAUAUAAACAAGCCUCUUCCAAAAUAAUGAAAAAUCACUCUAAACAUACCAUUUCUAUUCCAAAUUAUAUCUUGAACCACGGGGAAAUCACUUCUUCUGGUUCCUAUAAUAUCACCGUUGAUUACCCUAAAGAUAAAGACCCUAAAAUCCUCUUACAAACUAACUUGAUUGAUGAACCAAAAAGUACUUUUGUCGAUAAAAGAUCUUACUACUACCAGCAGAAAGUUAAAUUGGGCUCUCCUUCUGAAAUUGCCAAAAUUGAAAAUUCAAUUGCAAAAAGAAAUGAUGAAAAUAUCGAAUUGACUCAAAGCAUCUCCGAUAAUGAAGAACUUAACUCGCUAAUCAAUAAUAACAUUGAGGAAAUUAACGUUUUGAAAAAUUGCGGUAUCUCAGUCAGUAUCGGUCAUUUAAGUUUAUCUGAUGGUGUCUCGGAAGAUAUCUUCAGAUUACUGGAUUUAUUCAAUUAG